GGCCUGUUCCUUUGGCCAUGCGUAAGCUAGUUUGUUAUGCGAUUUGGGGCAACCCAGUAGAUGCAUACAAGUGGUAUGAGUAUUCCUAUCAGCAGGAUUACAUGGCUCAUACAUAUUUACCUGAGCACGUUGUCCUCGGCCAUGUUUCAAGACCGGCAGACUACGCAGAACCUGAGCCCAGCGUGAUGCGUAGUUGGAGGAGUCAUAGAGUUGUGCGAUUUCGCAUGGCUAGAGCGAAGGACCAGGGUGUCGGUGAGUCACUACGAAGCGGAUGCAGCACUGCGGUGACAGAGAAGACGAAAUGCUUGAAACAUACCAUGGAUUCGAUUAGCGCCUUGUCUUUCUUUCAGUUCUGUUACACUGGAGUUCUUGUUAUGCUAACCUUUCACAGAUGUCCUUGAUGUGCUCAUGUCUGAGUUUAGGCUGGCGCUUGUUCGCAAAGGCCAUCGCCGAAUCGACGUUGACAACCUAUAUUCGAAGGCUAAGGCUCGCCUGGAGAAUGAGCGUCAACGUCCCACAGGUGUCGACAUCGUUGAUAUGAUUAUGGAUGGAGCCCUGACCCACCAGGCCACUCACCGACGACCGCCAUCCCGUCCUAGGCAGUCUGCUCCUUACGAGUUCCAAUUUUCGCGCUCUUCGUUGACAGUUCACGUCGGUGCGAACUCACGCGUCACUGUACGGAAUGUGCCCAUGUUCCUUCACGUCCCAGCCCAAGCAUUGCGCCAGGCAAAGUCGGAUCUGCAACGGCUAUACACACAAGAGGCGACUGCGUACGCUGCAGCACAAUUUGCGGUAUCUAAUAUACAGGCUAUUCGCGCCAGCCGCGGACGAGCAGAGCGGAAGUAUGUCAAUUGCCUUAUUCGCUAUCUCCGCGGCACGCAGCGUAUCAGCUCUCUUCAGGCUAAUCAACUUCAACACAACUUCACACGUGAAAAGAGUGCGGUUCUGGGAGUGCAGAACAGGGACUAUCUUCUCGGCAUGUUUCCACGUGAGUUGGACUAGGUGAUGGGUUGGACUGAGAUAUGUUGAUACGGUGGACCUCGUGUGCCCAUGUUUUGGACGCUUGGGUGUGAUGUGUCUGGGGUAUUAUAUUAGAGUGGAUGGUGCUGGAACAUGUCGAUACGUUACCCCGGUGAUUG